AUGCAAUACAAGUUGAAAGACUUCGUAAAGGUCUUGAACAACAAAUUAAAGAUCUUCAAGCACGUCUUGAUGAAGCUGAAGCUAAUGCACUUAAAGGUGGAAAACGUAUCAUCGCUAAACUUGAACAACGUAUUCAUGAAUUGGAAAGUGAAAUUGAAUUAGAACAACAUCGUCAUCAAGAAACAUUGAAAGAAUUACGUAAGAAUGAUCGACGAUUAAAAGAAUUAGCAUUUCAAGCUGAAGAAGAUCGUAAAAAUCAAUUACGUUUACAAGAUCUUACAGAAAAAUUACAAAGCAAAAUCAAAGUUUAUAAACGACAAGUCGAAGAAGCUGAGGAAAUUGCUGCACUCAAUUUGGCCAAAUUCCGUAAAGUUCAAACAGAACUUGAGGAUUCAGCUGAACGUGCAGAUAUUGCUGAAAAUCAAUUAGGCAAAUUACGUGCUAAAAGUCGUUCAUCUGUUAGUGUAAGCCGAGCUUCACCAGGCCGUGAAAUACGUGAAUCAACUGUUAUGCGAGCUUCAUCAAUUGUUCGUGGCGGUUCAGUUCGGCCCCGUUAA